CCGUUAACGGUCGGCUCCGCCGUGGGAGCGGCCGCGCACAGCCGGCUGCCGUCCGUGAGAGCCCGCCGAGCGCCCGCUGCCCUCGUGUGCCCCGAGCAGCUGCCGAGUGGGAUUGGCAAUGUCAAGUCUCAGUCAUCAGUACGGUGCCCUGGAAAGGCUUUGUGCAAAAGCCCUGAGGGCUGAGAGGCAGCUGACAGCCAUUAUCCAAGGCCAAGAGCACCUGGGGACACCACGAUGGUUCUGACCCAUUUGGGCAUCUCAUCUCAAGGAACUGAGCAUUCUGCUCUGCCAUGAUUUCAUCUCGGUCAGUGGCCCUAUGGGCCCUGGGAGCAGUGAAGCACAGCUGCUGGAGCUGGAGAUCACCCCCAGCAAAACCAGAACAUUGCACCAAAGUGAAAUCUGUGUCCAUGCACUCCAGCCCAGCCAUGGCCAGAGAUUCUAGGAUCUUCAUGAACCAGGACAUGGACAUCGGAGUUGCAUCCAGAGAGCCUAAGAAGAUUCCCAAGCAGGCUCGGGAUGACGUCCCCAUCGCCACUGACAGAACCCGGCUCAUAACAGCAGAAGGUAAGAAGCCACGGCAGCGAUACAUGGAGAAAAGUGGCAAGUGCAAUGUGCACCAUGGGAACGUCCAAGAAACCUACCGAUACCUGAGCGACCUCUUCACUACUCUGGUGGACCUCAAAUGGCGUUUUAAUCUUCUGGUCUUCACUAUGGUCUAUACCAUCACUUGGUUGUUUUUUGGGUUCAUAUGGUGGCUCAUUGCCUAUAUCCGGGGAGACCUGGACCAUCUUGAAGAUGAAAACUGGAUCCCUUGUGUUGAAAAUCUCAGUGGAUUUGUUUCUGCGUUUCUCUUUUCUAUUGAAACUGAGACAACAAUUGGGUAUGGCUACAGGGUUAUAACGGAGAAGUGCCCGGAGGGCAUUGUGCUGCUCCUGAUCCAGGCUAUUCUGGGUUCCAUAGUCAACGCGUUCAUGGUGGGAUGCAUGUUUGUCAAGAUCAGCCAACCAAAGAAGAGAGCUGAAACCCUCAUGUUUUCUAACAAUGCAGUGAUUUCCAUGAGGGAUGAGAAGCUCUGUCUCAUGUUCCGUGUUGGAGACCUCCGCAAUUCCCACAUUGUCGAGGCUUCCAUCAGAGCCAAACUGAUUAAGUCCAAACAGACCAAAGAGGGAGAGUUCAUCCCCUUGAACCAAACAGAUAUCAAUGUGGGAUUUGACACUGGAGAUGACAGAUUGUUCCUGGUGUCACCUCUUAUCAUCUCACAUGAAAUCAAUGAGAAAAGCCCCUUCUGGGAGAUGUCCCGCACCCAGCUGGAGAAGGAAGAGUUUGAGAUUGUGGUCAUUCUGGAAGGGAUGGUGGAAGCAACAGGGAUGACUUGCCAAGCUCGCAGCUCCUACAUGGACACAGAGGUGCUGUGGGGACAUCGCUUCACUCCUGUCCUCACCCUGGAGAAGGACUUUUACGAAGUUGAUUACAACAGCUUCCACAGCACUUACGAAACCAACACUCCUGUGUGCUGUGCCAAAGAGCUGGCCCAGUCCCGCCGGGAAGGCCAACUCCUCAGCAGCAUCUCUAGUGCCACUGUCCUGGGUGGAGGCAGAGAAGCAGAGACGGCGAAAGGGGAGGAAGAGGAAGAGGAAGAAGACAGGGAGCCAGCAGCAUUCAGUGGAGCCAAUGGGACAGCGGGAGAGGUGAAAGAAGAUCUGCCUGUAUAACACGUGAGCUGCUGGGCAGUCAAAACCCACACACACAGCAAGUGAGGAAUUGACUGGGAGUCAGAGAGCUGAGGUUUAUAUCCAGAUCUCUGUUCCUGCUGCUUGAUCCUGGCGAGUCACUGCACAGCACCGUGCCUCAGUUUCCCUCCCCUUUUAACUGUACGGCGAGGUCCUGAGCUUUGCUCUCAUUUGCAAAGCAUUUGGAUCUCUGUGGACAAGGCUCACUAAAUACAAUCACGGUUAAAAUUGAAAUCCCCACCAGUAGUUGUUUCAAAAGAUGUUCAUUGGACAUUCAAAAUGUAUUUCCCCUUGCAAGGGUAUUUACAAAGGUAAAGAUCUAGAAGCUCCCAUCUCAGUAUGAAGAAUGUGUUUUCAUGCCUUCACUUAACUUGUGAGUGGAUGUGUUGUAGAUAUUGUUACUGCUUAAUUAAAAGAAGACCAAAAAACCUCUCCUGUACAUCGUGGAGUUUUUGUUUUGUGAUUUUUGCAAAUAGAGCUUAGUUGGUGUUCUGCUCCAAGACCACAGAGAUCGUUGUUUAUUUCUUACGAAACAGGACAGUUUUCCCUGCAGAUCUUAGCGGGUUUAUCCAAU